AUGGACAGAGAAUUAAGGUCAGGGAAGGAGAUUAAUGAGGACAAGGUGCCUCAUCAUGGGGACACAGGAAGUGUCUCCACAGAGGAAAUGGAGAGUGGAGGAAUUCCUUCCCCAGCGAAGAGGCCCAGGCCUGAUGAUGUCACAGCUGAAAGCACAGGAGAGAUUGAGGAGGACACCGGCGGUGAGGUGGCUGAUGGGAAGGAGUCAGACCAGCCCCCUCGGGCUGAGGUGAACGUUACCCCGGAGACAGGUUAUGGCUGUACCUGUCCCAUCUGUGGCUUUGUGGCCAAAACUCCAACUGCCUUGAAGAUUCACUCCAAGAGGAAGCACACCGGUAGAGGAAAGACCAGAGGUGUGAGCUCAGCUGAGGUACUUGUUGAAAUAGAUGGCUCCACAACCGGAGCAACAGCACAGAGUUCAAAUUACAAGACAGGUGGAGACACUGAGGAGAAAGUGAGCAGCAGUGAGAGACAGCAGGAUGCCACAGAGAGUCAGAGCCAGGGCACAGAGGCAGGGGGUUCUGAGGGGGAGGUGACUACAAUAAUAGCCAAAGAGGAAAUUGCUGAGAAACAAGGGACAGGGAGAGAUAUUUUUGAUAGGAAGGUGACUACAAUAGCUACAGAGGAGAUAGCAGAGGAGGAGCAAGAAGAGACCCCCGGUAAGAAGAUAGUAGGUAAACGGGGCCCCAAGCCCAAGACUAUACAUGCUUGCAGCUACUGUGGUCACGAGUUUAGGGACAAGCCCAGCCUAGAUACACACAUCAAGAGACGCCACACCAAAGAGAUGAAUUACUUCUGUGAAGUCUGCUUGUACGCCUGUGUGGCAAAGUGCGACUACGAAAAGCACUGUCUUAGUAACAAGCACAACAAACGAGUCACGGAAAGCAGGGAAUCCUCUGGCCUCUCGUCACCCAUGGACAAGAAGACAGCCGAACAGGCUCAAAUCUUUGCCUCCAGGAUGACUCAGACCCGGGCGUCCAAGCGUGCGCUCGGUGCCAGGUUCCAGCUGCAGUGCGGGAGCUGCGAAUUCAGGGUCAGUAACUCGGCUUUGCUGGAGAGCCACGCUCGGCUAAAGCACCAUGGCGAGCAUCGCUUCCUCUGUAAUAUCUGCCACUACUACACCGCUACAUCUGAGUGGAUGGACACACAUGUGUCCUCGGAGAGCCACCAGCAUGUGGCUGAGGAGAAAAACACAGGGUCCUCCUUUGAGGAGUGCGUUGACAAGGUGAGCAUAGAUUCGGUCGGUGACGACAUGCUGACAGAUGACGUGGCAGUAGGGGUCAUUGGACAUGAUGGAGAGCUGCACCCUGAUGUUAAUGAGGAAAGCUGUUGA